AUGGCUCUUGUCCUCAAAAGGCUCUAUCUUGGAUAUGACCACACUUUCGAGAAAUUAGCAGAUCCCAGACCAGUGGAAUUGGGUCUUAUCCUUAUGUCAUCGCCUAUAUGGCCGAUUCUGAUUGUGGUGGCUUAUUUUUAUUUUUGCCUCAAUUUGGGACCGAAGCUUAUGGAACAUCGAAAACCAUUCGAACUGAAAAAGACUAUUAUAGUAUUCAACAUAGCACAAAUUCUAAUCAAUCUUUACAUUUUCUAUGAGUCUUUUAUAGAAUUGAGCUAUACUAACUGGAGCUGUGAACCUGUGAACUAUUCACGGAGUCCUAGAUUUUUGAAACUAGUGAGAUUGUAUCAUCUAUAUUUUUUGGUGAAGCUAUCAGAUUUUUUGGAUACGGUGUUUUUUGUGUUGAGAAAAAGAUACCGACAAGUCAGUUUUCUUCACCUAUACCAUCACUUCGGGAUGUUCGGUAUGACGUGGAUAGCAGUCAGAUUCUUUGCAGGAGGCCAUGGAACGUGGCUCGGGUUGUUCAAUUGUCCAAUCCAUGCAAUCAUGUACACCUACUACACCCUGUCUAUUCUGGACGAGAAAUGGAAAGCGAAUUUGGCAUUCAAGAAAUUCAUCACACAAAUACAAAUGGUGCAAUUCUUUGUGAUGAUCCUCAUCUAUGGAAGACUCCUCUUUUUGCCAGAUUGUCAAUACUCAAAACUGUGCUCUUACUUCUUUGUUCCACAAAACUUCUUUAUGUUAGUGUUGUUCGCAGACUUCUACAGAAAAGCGUACAUUUCUAAAAAAAGCACUGAAAAUAAGAAAAAAUCUUCGUGA